AUAAUUGAUAUAGUUUGCCUGACUAAAUUUAUAUUUUGUUUUUUUAAUAUUUAAGCAUGAAUAAAUUUCACUAAAAGGUUCAGUUAGUGCUCAGCCAAGAGUCUUUAAUGAGUUGGAAAAAAAUCGACAAAUAAAAAAAUAAAAUACAAAAAAUAUUUCAUUCAGUGAAGCAAAAAUUUAAAUCUAUACUCUUUAAAAAAAGCAAAGCAAAACAAAAGCAACUCAUUAAGUUUUGCUAAAACAAAUCAAUAUGUUUAGCUAUAAAUUCAGUUUGUUUGAACUUUACGUAUUAUUCUUCAUCUUAGUGUUGCAAAGACCCAUGGCUACGACAAGAGCAGAGGACGACACAGAAUCACAUGAAGUUGCGGAGGUGGACAACAAUUGGUGGAGACAUGCGGUGUUUUAUCAAAUUUACCCACGCUCUUUUAUGGAUAGUGAUGAUGAUGGUAUUGGUGAUCUGCAAGGCAUCAUCUCCAAACUACCCUACUUGGCCGAAACUGGCAUUACGGCUACAUGGCUAAGUCCCAUCUUUAAAUCACCCAUGGUCGAUUUUGGGUACGAUAUUUCCGAUUUUAAGGAUAUACACCAUGAAUAUGGUAACAUAGAUGAUUUUGAAGAACUGAUACUGCAGGCCAAUAGUUUGGGUAUAAAAAUUGUAUUGGAUUUUGUACCCAAUCAUUCUUCCGAUCAAUGCGAAUGGUUUAAAAAAUCGGCAGCCAGAGAGGAAGGUUAUGAGGAUUUUUACAUCUGGGCAGAUGGUAAGAUAAAUGCAAACGGAGAGCAGGAACCACCAAAUAAUUGGCAAUCUAUAUUUUAUGGACCUGCUUGGACAUGGCAUCCCGAAAGAGAGCAAUACUAUUAUCAUCAAUUUACCAAAGAACAGCCAGAUUUGAAUUACCGCAAUAGCGAGGUUAUAAAAGCCAUGGAUGAGGUGAUAUUAUUUUGGUUAGAUAAAGGUGUUAGUGGCUUUCGUGUGGAUGCCGUAAAUCAUUUAUUUGAAGAUCCCGAUUUAAAAGAUGAGCCUUUGAGUGGCAAAACUGAAGAUCCCAAAUCAUAUGACUACACACAACAUUUGUACACCAAAGAUUUGCCGGAAGUGUAUGAUAUGUUGCAACACUGGCGGGCUUUAUUAGAUGAUUACUCUCAAACUCAUGGCGGGCCCGAACGCAUUAUGAUGACCGAGGCCUAUGGGGACAUAAAAUAUUUAAUGGAUUAUUAUGAGAACAAAGAAGGCGUAAAAGGGCCUCAGUUCCCCUUUAACUUUUUAUUACUAACGGAUCUUAAUUCCAAAUCGGAUGCCAGAGACUUUGUUUUCAACAUACAAAAAUGGUUGACCUAUAUGCCCAGAAAUCAUGUAGCCAACUGGGUCAUGGGUAAUCAUGAUAAUCCACGAAUAGCAUCUAGAUUUAGUAGCAAUAGUGUGGAUGCCAUAAAUAUGUUGAUUAUGAGUCUACCAGGUGUAGCCGUUACUUAUAAUGGCGAGGAGAUCGGCAUGGAAGAUUUUCGUGACAUUAGUUGGGUAGAUACUGUCGAUCCGCCAGCACUUAAUGCUGGGCCAGAUAAGUAUAAACUAGUUUCACGUGAUCCAGAGCGAACACCCUUCCAAUGGAGCGCAGAGAAAAAUGCGGGCUUUUCAAAUGCUGACAAAACGUGGUUGCCGGUUCACCCCAACUAUGAAGAAUUGAAUUUGGAAUUACAAAAGGCCACAGAAAAGAGUCACUACACGAUUUAUAAGGAUUUAGUGCAAUUGAGAAAGUCGGAGGUAUUGCAGCAGGGUCAUACACGUUUAGAGGUUUUUAAUCGUAAUGUUUUUGCAGUGAUAAGAUCUUUAAAAGGCGAUAAAUCUAUUAUAACCAUUAUUAAUGUGGGCCCAGAAGAAGAAGUUGUUGAUUUGCACGACAUACUGGAUGAUGUUAAACAAUUAACUGUGCUAAUAUCGGGUGCUAAUUCUAUUUACGAAAAAGGGAAUGCUAUUGCUGUGGAAGAAGUUACAAAUUUUAUUAUGGCACCCCAGGAAGCUGUUGUUUGCAUGAUUGAAUGAAACAAAAAGUAAUACCCAACUCAUACGAUUAAACCGCAAAAAAUACAUGUACCAGUACUAAGUAUAAAAUGGAUAUUAAAUGCCUUUAAUACUUUAAUAAUUGUUGCUAAAUAAAUAAACACAAAAUCAUAUUAAAUAAAUAAAAAUGUAAAAAAUAAAUGCGAAAAAAAGUAAA